AUGGAGACGAAUCAUAUCUGGGCCUGGCUUGGCCUCGCCGCCGCGGGAGGCGUGCUCUACGUUGCCGGUAUUCUCGUGUACCGCAUCUUCUUCCAUCCUCUGGCCAAGUAUCCAGGACCGCUUCUGGCAAAGAUCACGGAUGGCUACCAGCUCUAUCACGCCUGGAAGGGCGAUAGGCACCUCGACUUUCACAAGCUUCACAGCCAAUACGGCAACGUCGUCCGCUUCGGUCCCGACUCGAUCUCCUUCAACUCAGCCGUAGCCCUCAAAGAAAUCUACGGCUUGCGCUCCAACGUCGCCAAAGCAGAAUUCUACAACGCCUUCGUCCACCCGGCGCCCAACACCCACAACACCCGCGACAAGGACGUUCACGCCCGCAAGCGCCGCGUCCUCGCCCACAGCUUCUCCGACUCGGCCAUGAAGGAGAUGGAGCGCUACAUCAUUGGCAACGUGCGGUCCUUCACCGCUGAGAUCGGUCGUGGGGUAUCCCCCGAGAUGAAGGGCUGGUCAACGCCCAAGAACAUGACGGAUUGGUGCAAUUACCUCGCCAUGGACAUUUUGGGAGACUUGUCGUUUGGCAAGGCGUUUCAUAUGCUUGAGGCGCCGGAUAAUCGAUUUGCGCUGGAUCUGAUUGCCGCAGCGACCAAGAGGCAUCUUCUUUGCGGCACCAUGCCCAUCGUCGACAAGCUCAAGCUCGACAAGUUCCUCUUCCCGACCAUCGCUGCCGGACGCGCGCGGUACUUGGCCUACAGCAAGGCGCAGCUGACGGAGCGGACGAAGCUGGGCGAGGAUACGGACCGACGCGACUUCUUCUACUACCUCCUCAAGGCUCGCGACCCGGAGACGGGACUGGGCUUCUCCACGCCCGAGCUCUGGGGCGAGUCGAAUCUACUCAUCAUCGCCGGCGCCGACACCACGUCCACAGCCAUGGCGGCAACUUUCUUCUACCUAACCCGCAACCCCGCGGCCCUCGAGCGCGUGACCGCCGAGGUCCGCAGCAAGUUCUCCGACGUCGAGGAGAUCCGGCAGGGCGCGACGAUCAACACGUGCACCUACCUCCGCGCCUGCAUCGACGAGGCGAUGCGUCUGUCCCCCUCGGUCGGCGGCCUCCUCCCGCGCGAGGUCCUCGCGGGCGGCAUGACCAUUGACGGCACCUUCGUGCCGGCCGGCACCAUCGUCGGAACGCCGCACUACACGAUCCACCACAACGAGAACUACUUCCCGUCGGCGUACGAGUACAUCCCCGAGCGAUGGAUCGUGGGCGCGGCGAACCCGCUGGUUGAGGGAAAGGUGACGACGGAGGCGGACACGGCGAGGGCGCUGAGCGCGUUUUGUCCGUUUUCGAUUGGGGCUAGGGGGUGUAUCGGUAAAGGGCUCGCGUAUGCCGAGAUGUCGACCGCGUUGGCGAGGACGCUGUUCUUGUAUGAUGUGCGCAAGGCGGUGGGCGUGGUUGAUCCGGCGGAGGGGCGGGCUGAUUUCGACGAGGGCCGGAAGCGGGUUUCGGAGAUGCAGCUGUAUGACACGUUUACGAGCAUGAAGGACGGGCCGGUGGUGGAGUUUAGGGCGAGGGCGUGA